GUUAAAGACCGGGAAAUGUCAAACUUGCGACAAUAAGAACGACUUUCGUCAACUUGCAAUGGUUUGUUCGCCUGGUUCCCAAAGAUCUGUAAGCCGAAGUACAGCUCGCACUCAUAGCGCAAGCCGAAGUCGAUCUAGGAGUGGCAGUAUUCGGCGAAGUUAUACACAUUCGAAUCGUAGUCGAUCAGGAACCAGAUCAUUUUCCAGACGCAGUUCCCAUUCACGUCGGAGUACUAGGUCAAAAAGUCAUUCCAAUUAUUCUCGUUCACAUUCUGGCAGUCGACGUUCCAGGUCAUGGUCUAGAUCACGUUCACGUUCUCAUGGUCGGUCCGCUUACUCGUCACGUUCACGUUCUGCUAGUCGUUCCAGAUCAAGAUCUUAUCGUAGUCGGAGAAAGUCGUUUUUUAGAAGUAGAACAAGAAGUUGUUCGUAUCACUCAGUUCGUUCACGAUCACACAGCCCCAAUUCAAGAAACGUUUCACCAAGCGCCAAAUGUAUCAAAGAUCCGAGGGAUCGUUCUAAGCGUGCACAUUGGACAAAUAAUGUUUGGUUAGUUGGUGAAAAAGCAAAGGAUACAGUUUUUCAUUUCUGUGAUAUUUGUGAUUUACCGAUUGUAAUCUAUGGACGUUUGCUACCUUGUAAGCAUGUAUUGUGUUAUACAUGUGCUAUGAAUCUUAUGAAGAAAUGUAAUAGAUGUCAAAAGUCUAUACAAACUGUGGAACGAUGUUUAGUCGGAGGAAUAUUCAUGUGCUUUGAAAGUGAUGGUUGCCGGCGUACUUAUCUCAGUCAUCGUGAUCUUCAAGCCCAUAUUGACCAUCGACAUCGUACUGGGUCAACUGCAAUUACUUCGGUCGCUAAUAAUAGCAGUAGUAAUAAUGUAAAUAGUACGAUGAUAACUAAAAACGAUAUUGUCACACAUUCGGAAAUAAUUACACCUUUGCCAAACCAAGUCAAUUUUACGGAAGAGGCGUCUCUACUUUCCGGCGUUGUAAAAACUAUAACAACAAAUGCUAAUCAAGUGACCACACCUUUAUCCAUAGAUAAGACAACGACUGGUGCGCCUCCUCCAAUGUCUUUGUUAGGUCCAUCACCAAGGUUAGUUAUGAAUACUAUGAUUCCACCAACUUGUGGAACAACUCAACCGAAUAUUUAUAUUAAUAAUCAGAAAAACAGUGGUCUUUUACCAUUACCUCCUGCACAGACUUCAUCCUCAACAAUUUUUUCAAAUCGACUUCCUAUGGGAAUACCUCGACCGCUUAGACUAAACAACCUGAAUAGUAGUUGUAAUACUACUACUAACAAUAAUAAUAACAGUAAUAACACUGUUACUAAUAAUUUUCCUCAACUUCAACAGUUCACAAACUGUCCUCCGCCUACACUUCCACCUCCACCAUCUAUCGGAGCACCGAAUAUUCGUGCACCACCACCAGGACCACUACAACAAGCACCACCACCAUCUGCAUUUCUUGCUAAUUCACUCUCCAUUCCGUCAUCGUCGUCUGCACAGCAUAAUCAGAACUUUAGUGGCGCUUCAGCUGUUGCUGCUUUAGCUGCUGUUGUCUCAGCGGCGAUGUCAGCAGCAGCAGCUGUCCAGUCGAAAUCUGCUGGAAUGACAGUAGUUGGUGGUACAAAUAAUCUAUCUGGUGCAACGAUUCAACAAUCUUUGACUAGUAAUCAAAUGCAGGUAAUUAUGUAUAAAUAUUUUAUUCGUUCAUUUUACUAAUCACUUAUUUUGACCCAUAUCAUCGUUUGUCGGUUGAAUUCAUAUGAGAUUGAACUCAUUUAGAGUCGUAUUGAAAAUUAGCGAACCAACUAUUUCGUCCUAGUAUUCGCCUCCUUGGCAGCACGGACUCACGAUAUCACCAGGGAUGAUAAAAAGGACCUACAGGUUUCAUGGCUAACACUUAGCCACUAAAAUACGACCUACGUUUCAACCAGUCUACAUACAAUCCACGGAGCUAUUGUCUUCAUUAUAUUUAGUGGUAAUUUUCAUAAUAAACUGGGGUUAGGCGUAAAAAUAACAUUGAAAAUGACAGGGAAGGUGUUUUUUUAAAUCCAGGAUGUUUUUACGCAUUUGACCUUAAUCAUAGUUGAACCUGAAACUUCUCUCUUAUCUAAUCAUUUAAUGAAAUUCAGCCUUUGAAAACUGAAGAUAUUUGUGCAGUGUUAGUAUUUAAAUAGCAGAUAUAUUUUCGAAGCAUUGUUUGGCUAUGGUGUAAUGUUGAAGUGAUAGGCUAGAUAGUGAAUAUUAAUUAUCGGUUAGUUGAUGAAACUGUGAAAUUCCAUCGACAUAAGUUGUUGGCCAUAAGUAGCAUAUAUAACAAUUGUUCUUUUUUAAGGUAAAUACGACCGAUUAAUUUUCUUUCUCCACACAAUUUCAGUAACACGAAAGAAUUUUUACUUUCAGGAGUGCUGUUGUAUUGUUAUUAUCAACAGGGAAUUAUUUUUAAGUGAGUUGAAUUUGUUAGUUAAGAAAAUUGGGUAAAGGAUCAGCUGAGACAAUUUAUAAGCUAUAAAUUUUACAUAAAUAGACUGUAGUGUAUAAGGUUAGGUUUAUUUGUAGAUCAUCAAACAGAAGAGUUACAUUAUUCAGUGAAAAGUUAUUGAAUAUUAGAUCGAAUGUCAUUGAUAUCUGCUUAUUGAUAAUUAAAAAGUAUUUAGUUCUCACCUAGUAGAUUACAAUUUUGAACACUGUUUCGCCUACUUUAAUUUGACUAGCCCUUAAGUAACGAAAGUGUGAUCCAAAGCUUAGUUCUUGGUAAACUUAUAAAGCCAACUCAAUUGAAAUUAAAGCAGUAAUUCUUGCAUAACAUUGGAUAAUGAUCACAUCAACUACGUGCUGACAGAAUCGAAAAAUAUGAAGCAAUAAAUUCCCUUUUAGAUCUAGUAAUCAUCAACUCUGCCCACUAUGGUAAAAUCAUAGGUGUAGAUUGGUCAGAAGCAGUAAACAAGGAUGGAACAUUUGUUCAGUUUUUUUUUAGUUUGACCAUUAUUAAUGAUCAUAACAAUAUCCAUAACUUGAUCUUUAUUCAUUUAUCUAGAGUUUUGAAUUUAUAAGGUUAACAUUUCAUGUAAUUUAUGUAUCUCCUGAUAUGUAUUUUCUCAAUACUUUUCCUAGCCACCUAAUCCAUUGAAUGCCUCAUCAUUAAUUACAAAUGCACUUCGAGCUACUAACCCUAAUUGGAAUCCAUUGGGUACUGGUGUAUCGAAUGUAUUGAAUAACAGUAACAAUAAUAAUAAUAAUAAUGCAAAUAGUAAUAAUAAUAGUCAGAAUAACUUUAACUCAAGAUGUUUACCAUUUCAAUAAGGAAAUGUGCUUGUAUACAUUUGACUGUUACAUUAAUAAAUUUUUUAUUAUUAUCUCAAUGUAUCUUUGUAACUCAAUUUUCAAUAUUUUUUGUUUAAUAUAAGACAAACUACUGUGAGU